ACCACUCAUUUUUAUUUCAUUUUUCCUAAGUAUAUUAAAAAAAAAAUGUCAAACUUUGGAAAGAAGCAAGUACAGGACAAAAAGAGAGUACUAGAAAUUUAAUUAAUUUAAAGGGUGAAGCUGGUGAGAGAGAGAAGAGGAGAGAGAAAGCUGCUAGAGAGAAGAAACAGUUGACCUAGUUUCAGGGAUUUAGGGGAUUUUGAUGAUGAAUUAUUAAUUUGUUACUGAUCAACAACACUUUUAUAAGAGCCCACAUACAAGCCAGCAACAUCAGCAACAACACCAACAACAAAAAAACACAAAGGGUUUUGUUUUUUGUUGUGUGUUUCUUGUCAGGUUGCUGAGGAAUCUUUUAAUUUGAAUUUGUUGGAGUUGAUUGUGGUAUCACGAGGAUCUAAUUCUUCACGAUUCUAAGACGUCUUGUUGAAGAUCCAGACUUAUGUCAGAAUGAAGCUAGAAAACGACCUUGUUAUUGGUGUUCAAACUUCCCCGAGGAAGUCAUAUAACCCUUUCGAUUCGGAUGAUGAAGACACCGAUGUUAAGAAUAACAUUGAUGGGUAUGAUAUAAAAAGCUUUGAGACAUCUCCAGACUCUUUAACAUUUCACUUGGACAGUAGCGAUCUGUCAUGGGAAGAAGCUAUAAUUGGGCAUUCUCGGCUUUUAAGUAAUCCAAAUUCUGCUGAUGCAAGCAAUGAGGAAGUUCUUUAUAGGAAGGAUUCUGAACUAUUUACUGAUAAAACAAUUACUGAAUGUGAGUUACCAGAGUUGUUUUCCUACAAAGAUAAUGGUUUUCACCCGGUCAAAGACAUUGGAAUAGACGAGGGAGUGCCUACACAUGAUAAGGUUUGGAUUAAAAGCCUAGACAAUCAUGACAGUAAAAACAUGUCUACUGUCCUAGCUUCUAAUGACAAUGUUGAUGGUGAUGUGCUGUUUACUAAUGAUGUCGAAAAGCAUCCUUUUGCUCAGGGCAUGGCUGAAGAGUUAGUGAAGGAGAGUGGAGUUGUUCGUGAAGCCUUAGAGAAGCCAUACCCUGCUGAUGAGUGUGGGACUGAUGAUAUGCUAAUCGCAGACGAGUUUGAACAUAACUCUAGCAAGAAACAGGAUGAGUCUAAAUUUAUUUUGCACACAGAUGAACUGGUUAAGAGUGAUGAUGUUGUUAAUGAUAAAAAAGACCCUCAAGUAGGUGAGAAAGAUAAAGUAGAUUGUCAAAAGGUAAUGACGGAUAAUGAAGUCCCUGAGGAGGAGCAUUGCAAAGACAGUGUACCUCUAGAGCAUGUAGAGCCUUCAGUCAUUCAUGAAGUAGAAACCACUAUGCAGACCAAUGAGGCACAGCUUGCAGAAAAAUCUUCCGCACAGCCUUCAAUCGUGCAUGAAGCAGAAGCCACUAUGGAGUCCAAUGAGGCACAACAUGCAGAAAUAUCUCCUGCACAACCUUCAAUCAUGCAUGAAGUAGAAUCUACUAUGGAGUCCAAUGAGAGUCAAAGUGAAGAACCAUCUUCAGCUCUACUUGUGGAGCACCCUGCAUUACAAGAACCAGCUGACAAUGUUAACAACAAUGCUUUAUCAUACAACAGCAAGGUGGAGUCUGGAAGCAUUAUCUUGGAUUUCAAUGCUGCUGCUACUUCAUCAGAGAUGGCAGAGAAGGAAUUUUCACAGAAAAACGAGGCAGUGGAAAAACCUCCUGCGGCUCAAAGUAUGUCUAGGGAUGAUGUUGGAUCUCUUCCUGGUAGUAUCCUAGAUUGUGGGACAGACAGGAGGGUUCAUGGGGAGACAAGCUUUUCCGCCGCAAUGCCACCUCCUUCAUCUAUAACUUACAUGGGGCCUGUUGCACAAUCUGGCAACAUUUCUCUCCGAUCUGAAAGUAGUGCUGGCAGCACUCGUUCCUUUGCCUUUCCUGUGUUGCAAGCAGAAUGGAAUACUAGUCCAGUAAGGAUGGCGAAGGCAGAUCAGAGAAACUUGCGUAAGCAAAAAGGAUGGGCUCAUUCGUUCAUGUGUUGUAAAUUCUGAGUCGUCUUUGUUCUUCUUAGUUUAUAGAGUAUACACAUAGGUAUUUCAACCGAGAAAAUGAAAAACGUUACCGGUUAAUUAGUAUAGGUAAUACAUUAUGGGUUUGGCUUCUUAUUAUCUUUAGUAUGGUGGGUCUUGUGCAGUAGUUUUGAUGAUGGUAGUUACUUUUUUAAGUUUUGUUAUCAAAGGUUUUGCAGAGUUGAGAUGUAAAAAAAAUAGGAUAUCUUAACAUAUAUUGGUGUUAAAAUUUCAUCCUUUAUGCUUCA